GCUUGAACGGGAGAACAGCGCUGAAUAUUUACUAUGGAGUUAUUCUGCACAAAGUAAUUUUACAUUGUCGGGAUCUGGUUGAUAUUUUGAAGCUGUCUUCACGGGCUGUGUCCACUGAGCCUGUCCUCUGUCCGGCCGUAGACCAUGAAGCUGCGCGUCCAGCUGCAGUGUAAGAACCUGCAUGAAUACCUGAGAGAGCUGAGUCCAGAGAUCCUGGACCGACUGUACAACCACCCAGCAACAUGUCUGGCUGUCUACAGGGAGCUCCCGUCUCUGGCCAAGAACUAUGUGAUGCGUAUGCUGUUCCUGGAUCAGCCUCUUCCUCAGGCAGCCGUGGCGCUCUGGGUGAAGAAAGACAGUCAGAAGGAUCACGAUGAAUGUGUUUCAGUGCUGGCCGGACUCCGCCUUUGGCACAGUCAGCAGCUGCAGGGGGGUCUGCAGGGAUACAUCCUAAACCCUGUGUUCAAAGACAACCUGAGGACAGCUCUGCUCGGAGGGGGCAGAGCGUGGGCUGAGGAGGGGAGCUCUCUUGGUCCUGACCGGCAUGCACGGGACAUCGACAGCCUUGACCGCUACGCUAUGGAGCGAUGGGAGGUCAUCCUGCAGUUCAUGGUGGGUUCUCCCAGUGCUGUCAGCCAGGACCUGGCUCACCUGCUGGUCCAAGCAGGCCUCAUGAAGAGUGAGGCAGGAGAGGCUCCCUACAUCACCUCAGCUGGUUUCCAGUUCCUCCUGCUGGACACGGCCUCUCAGCUGUGGUACUUCACCCUUCAGUACCUCAAAACUGCUCAGUCCAGAGGGAUGGACCUGGUGGAGAUCUUGUCCUUCUUAUUCCAGCUCAGCUUCUCUACUCUUGGCAGAGAUUACUCCGUGGAGGGUAUGAGUGAGUCAUUACUCACUUUCCUGCAGCAUCUGCGGGAGUUUGGACUCGUGUUCCAGAGAAAGAGGAAGUCCAGGCGGUACUACCCCACCAGACUGGCCAUCACCCUGGCUGCAGGAGUCGCUACCAGCUCCUCUUCCUCUUCCUCUAACCUGGCGUCCACUCCUGGUACCGGAGAGGCAGGCUUCAUUGUGGUAGAAACCAAUUAUCGCAUCUACGCCUACACGAAUUCCGAGCUUCAGAUCGCUCUGGUGGCUCUCUUCAGUGAAAUGCUCUAUCGCUUCCCCAACGUGGUGGUGGCUCAGCUCACCAGGGAGUCGGUGCAGCAGGCCAUCGCCAACGGCAUCACAGCCCAGCAGAUUAUCCACUUCCUCAGGACCAGAGCUCACCCGGUCAUGCUCACACAGACCCCAGUGCUGCCUCCGACCAUAACGGAUCAGAUCAGACUGUGGGAGCUGGAGAGAGAUCGGCUACAGUUCACAGAGGGAGUGCUCUACAACCAGUUCCUCUCCCAGGCUGACUUUGAGGUUCUGCGAGACAGAGCUCAGGGCCUGGACUGUCUGGUGUGGCAGGACGUGGCUCACAGGGUGAUGGUGGUGACGCCGCAGGGCCACAGUGAGGUCAAGAGGUUCUGGAAGCGACAGAGGUCCCACACAUGACGGGAGGAAGCAGCGAUGCCACGUCUGAGGACGACGUUUUCUAUGAUGUCAAGACUUUCUUCUGUGUUUAAUGACUGUCAGAGGAUGAAGACGACUAUUUGUUUAUAAAAUGUUGACUUGAGUGUAUCUGACUGAA